AUGUCAUCUCGUCCAGACCGUCGGAGACGCGAACGCAGCUGGGAAAAGGAGGACAGAGACAGAGACAGAUAUCCAAGAGGCGGCGGACGAGGCGGAUCCUAUCGCGGCGACGACCGCGGUCGCAGGCGUUCCAGCAGGUCACGAAGUCCGCCCCGUAGGAGUGGGCAAGGCCACUCCCAUUCCGACCGUCGGGACUAUAGACGAGACAACGACGAUGACCAUCGUGGUGCCAGCGAACGAGACAGAAGACAUGAGGACAGAAGAAGAGACGACAGGAGCCAUCGUGAUCACGACCACCGUGACACGAGGCGAGAGCCACCUCGGAAAGACGAUUCUCAGGACCGUCCUGUGGAUGAACGAGACUCCAGAGCGGAGGACCGUCCCACAAAGGCAGAUGCAGUAAGGCCUCAAGGCGGCGCCCCGUCAGCUAUGCCGCCUCCUCGCUCGCGCCCAAAUCUCGACCCGGAUGCACCAGACAAUGAGAAUGAAGAAGGAGAGGAGAUGGACGCUGACGACGACGAUGCUGGCAUGAUGGCUAUGAUGGGGCUCAAUGGCUUUGGAUCAACCAAGGGAAAGCCUGUGGCUGGUAAUCAAGAAGGUGCUGUUGACAUCAAGAAAAUAAGAACUUGGCGACAAUACAUGAAUAGGCGCGGAGGUUUCAACAGACCACUGGACAAGAUCAAGUAG